AUGAGCGUCGACUCCCAACCUGUACAGAGAAGUCUAGGGCUCUCCUGGAACCUGGCAGGGGACUUCUUUACAUUCAACUCACAUCUUGAGGAUAAGCCAUAUACCCGACGUGGGAUCUUAGCAACGAUAAACGGUCUAUAUGAUCCACUCGGCUUUGCAGCUCCUGUUGUCCUCAAAGGGAAGCUGCUCUUUAGGGAUCUCAUUUCAUCAACAUUGGGUUGGGACGAUCCGCUUCCCGAAGACAGUCGACGUGACUGGGAGUUGUGGAAAAGGUCCCUGAAGGAGUUAAACUACUGUAAGGUCCGUAGGUCAUACUGUGAGGUACGACUUCAUCAAGGAAUGAAACAAUGUCUGCACGUAUUUUGUGAUGCGUCCAAGGACGCCAUUGCAGCAGUAGCGUAUUUUAAGAUCACGGAAGACGAUGGAAACUCUCACGUCUGCUUUGUUCUAGGAAAGGCCAAAGUAGCCCCUCAUCAUGGGCAUACUAUUCCACGAUUAGAACUUUGUUCCGCUGUCCUUGCUACAGAGCUUGGACAGAUCAUCGCUGAUCAAUUAGAUGUCAACCCAGCAGAUAUCCGUUACCACUCUGAUAGCAAUGUCGUCCUGGGCUACAUAAAUAACAGAGUUCGUCGCUUCUACACGUAUGUGGCCAACCGCAUUGACAGAAUUUUGAACGUCAGCAAACCAACACAAUGGCAACAUGUUCCUACCAACAUGAAUCCGGCGGAUAUCGGAACCAGAUGUAUUGAUGCAGGUCAACUUGAUCAAAGUCCUUGGUUGAGGGGCCCUUCGCUUCUUCUUGACUGUGAAAUUCUUUGCAACCAGGAUUUUCCUCUUAUCAGUCCUCAGACGGACGCCGAAGUCCGGAAUGUUGUCGCGCUUAAGUCGUCGACUUCCAACAGCCACGAUAGUCUUGGUACAGAGAGAUUCCAGAGGUUUUCUGGCUGGACAUCCCUUACCCGUGCCAUAGGGAAUCUGCUCUGGUUUGUUCAGCAUUUCAAAACUAAGGAGGGGAGUUUCGAUUCCAAGGAGGGGAGCGCGGGAACUGGAAAACUUUCGAAUCUGGAGAGAGCAAAACGAGUCAUACUUAGAGAGACCCAGAAAGAGGCUUUCCCAAAGGAAAUCCGGAACCUACAAAAUUCAAAACCUAUUCCUAAAGACAGUCACAUUUCUUCACUUUCACCUUACUUGGACGAGGAAGGGAUUUUGAGGGUAGGGGGUCGACUGAACAAAUCUGGAUACAAUUCAUUGGAGAAGAACCCAGUUAUUCUUCCUGGCAAACACCAUACAGCGAAGUUGAUCGUUCUUCACUUCCAAGGUUCAUCACCAAGGUCGACUCUUCACUGCAGGCGCUGUCCGCUCCGCCGGUUUCUGGAUCACCGGGUCCAAGAGGCUAAUCUCAUCUCUCAUCCAUAA